GUCACCCCAACCGAUAUCCCGUAUCGAUCGCGAGUGAGACAACAAAGAAGCAGUGUAUUGCCACCCUGCUCGCGUUUGUCGCAUAAACAUGAAAACACGACCUUAUUUACCGGCACACACAGCUAAAAUACACAGGAAAAUACAAAAAUCUACGUCAGAGGAUUAAAAAUUACGUAAAACUGUUUUUAAUUAGCAGCUAGUGUGUUAAUCCAUUGAAAAUGUAGUGAGAUAGUGUGAAAUUGGCAUUAUUAUCGAAAGUGCUGUUAAUUCGUAAAUACCCUGCGCUGCGACGAUGAGACACGAAGAUGACUGAACGAAGUGAGCGGAGCAAGAUGAGCAAGGCUCUGAGCGCGUUCAGCGGCGGGGAGGCGUGUGGAGCGCGAUGGACCCUUGGAGCACUCCUCCUAGCUCCCCUUGCCGCUGCCAACUCCAGCUACUGCGCUGUUCCUGCAGUCAUGCUCCUUGCAAUCUUCAUCACUAUUGCCACCUUCACAUGCAAAGACCUCAAAAAGCUAGCGGAGAUACUUCCACCACCAAAAACAUCUAGAGGCCGUCGCGAGCGCAAUUUACGCUCUUUCGCAGAUUUCAUGGCAAUGUGGAUGACUUUCCUCUCCCAUUUGGUGGCUGUCGCAAUCUGUGCUCGUAUUCUGAGCGCCACAGCUGAUCAUGUGACUGGUGGUCGAACUAGAAGAUGGUUGUUUGGUUAUGAAACUCGAGCACUUGGGGAACCCUGGCCUGACGUGCUCGGAGUCACCGUCGUCAUGGUCGUUUGUGCCAUGUUCAUGUGCGGCUUGGAGGAAAGCAUGAUGUUUACCUUCAUGCUUUUAAUCCUUUUAUACAUCUUCAGCCAGUUCUUUGCUAUUUUCGGUCUUAUCAACUUCGAUAUAGCCAACAUCAAUAUGCCGAUACCAAUCACCGUGUAUGAAUUGUUCGCAGCUGGUGCACCAAUAUCCUACGCUUUCAAUGUAAUACUCCCGAAAGAAAAAGGUGCCUUAAAGAAAAAUCUUUUCCUCAUGAUCGGACUACCCACCAUAGUUCUCUCAGGAUUAUGUUUCCUCUACACUAAUAUGCUAAAAGGGAACAGCAUCGACGCAGCUCUGCCGGUGACCACACUGCUGGAGGCGAGGGCCGCGGGCUGGGUCUGUCCAGUGCUAGCUGCUGUAACCGUCGCCGGCAUCUGCCUCGCCUUGACCGAGCUCUGUCCGUUACUCUUCACUGUCCUAGUAGCUCUAGCCUCACCCGAAUGGAAGGUGCUUACUAGGUCAAUGACUUACGAGAGUACUACUACCGGCAGUCCAGUUCUAGCUGUAUUUACUGCCGGAAGUUUGGCAGCGAUACUUGCGUUUGCGUGCCCCUUAUCACAUAUGAUCACUCUAAUGAAUGCGAGCCACUUGCUUGGGAUAUCGAUACAAGCCUUACAUUUUAUUAUAAUGAGGUGUGUGCCAACAGCUGAACAGAAAGAAGCUGGAGAUAUUGAAUACAAACGUUUAGGAAGAGAAGCGGCUAGAGGAUCGAAAGCGUCUGGAAGUAAGGCCAAGCGGUCGGGGCUUUGGUUCAUUCCAUCUGCUAUUCGCCACACCAAAACUCUGGAGAGUAUCAAGUCUAAAGUAACAACUAAAGAAACUGAGGAACGAGAGUGCCUUCUUCUAGAUGAGUAUGCAGGAUGUCCUACAGAAGAGAAUGAUCCAACCAGCAGCAGCAGUGGUGUGCCUAUGGCCACGGCUGAGGUGGACGUAGUAUCUGAUGGUGAAGCCAGUGAGCAGGAGAUGUCUUCGGGUGAUGACUCCACCGAUAUUGAUGCAGUCGUGAAGGAAUAUAGAGAUAGGAUACAAGUGGUAACUUCAGUCCCCGAGUCUAGCACUCCAUCUCCGCCGUGUGUGCGCGGCUCACGCUGGUCGGCAGCUGUGUGGCUCACGGGUACCUUCAUAUGCGCGUGGCAACCCGCUCAUAACUUGGGUAUGAGGAAAGCGCAAAGUAUUCAAGGUCCCAUAACUAUGCUGACUGCUCUUCUGUUCCUUACUCCGUUACUCGUCGAUUCUUGGCCAGCUAUCACGCUGUUCGCAGGCGCUGGUGUAGUAAUUUACGCUCGUUGUGAACGUUGGUGCGGAGACCUGGCUGUGCAGCAAGCGCGCAGUGCUAUGGAGAGACGCAAGUUGAGGCCUGUGUCAGCAACGGUCCCUCUUACUGGAGCCCGCCUGACCCAUAUAGACACUGUGUAUAUAGCCAGUUAUGAUUAG